GGUUGUGAGAUGCCGGGAGAGAAUCCAGAUCUUCACGUUUUGCAUUUGAGAUGUGUUAUCGUGAUUUCAAAAUAUAAUUUUAGCACAAUUCUCGACCUAAAUUAUCUUCAAUAGUUCCCAUUUGACGUCUAAAGAACAUUUGUCAUGUCGUCAACUACUCCAGCAAAAACUCCACUUCGUAAAAGUGUUCGACGUGUCAGUCCAAUUGUUAUCACGAUUUCGGAAAAUCGUGAUAUACACGGGAAAUUUUCCCGUGUUACGAGUCCCACCACCCCCUCAACGACGCCACGACGAGGUCGGACAAAUACGACGACAGGUGACGAAGAGAUUUUGCCAUCUACACCAAUUGCAACACGACUUAGUAGACAUAGGACUCCAAGUCAUACAACGCCUACAAAAUUUGAAUCGUCACGACCAGGCCGAAGCCUUGCGACGCCUGCAAGAAUGACGACACAGAUUCCACCAAGUCCAGCCGUCUGGUCGACAUCCUCAGUUCGUAAAAGUGAUCGAAACUCUGUUAUCAAAACACCAACAAGUAGUAGGAAAGUGCGAUAUCCAAAAACUUUUAAUGAUAACGCGUCCACCCCAAGUGAUUCAUCCGGUGAUGAAGAUAACGCGAGGUAUCGAAAGACUAAAAAAACUGAACCAUCUUCUGUUAACCGAAGGACUAGUAUGCGAUUAACUGGCAAAUCUCAGAAUUACGAUGAGUCUUUAAACUUAUUUUCUUUUUCAUCUGAUAAUGAAAGUAAAGCCGUUUCUCCGAAGAGAGGAAGAAGAUCAUGUGUCGUUGAGAAAACAAUACCGGCGACGACGACUCCGACAACCAGCAAGAACAGUGGUGGCGGUGGUAGGAUGACGAGAUCAAGUAUGAAAAUGGACAAAAUUACUGAAUCUUCCUCAUCUUCAUCUUCAUCGUCUGACGAUAAGGUAGAAGAAAAUAUAAUUUCCAAGAAAACUGCACCGAAAAAAUCCAAUAAAAUGCUUAUAUCAAGUCCUCCUCCACCAAAUACUCCCGGAACAGUGUGGCGAUUCAACUCUGUUGGGGUUCCAGAGUGUCCACUACCUUGCAGAGAGGCGCAAUUCGAAGAAAUUUGGACCUUCCUCAAUGAAAACAUUACACAGAGAAAUAGCAGAUGCAUGUACGUUAGUGGGGUACCGGGUACGGGGAAGACCUUAAUCAUCCAAUCAGUCGUCGAUUGUUUGUACCGCUACGCGACAGAGAGGAAGGAGCAUUUAUUAUUUAAUAACAUUUACAUAAAUGGGCUCAGUCUUAGGACACCUGACAAAAUAUGGAAAAAAUUCUACAACCUACUCGAACCUACAAAAGCCAAAGAUAAAUGUAAACCGACCCUGGCGUUAAAAAAACUAAACAAUUUCUUUGAAACAAAAGGAAGAUUGCCCGUCGUUCUCGUCAUUGACGAAUUAGAUCAACUGCUGGACAAGAAGCAAUCAAUUUUAUAUCAAUUAUUAGAGUGGACUACUAAACCGGAAUACAUGUUUUCAUUAAUUGCCAUAUUUAAUACUGUGUCACUUCCGGAAAAUGCAUUAGUUAUGAGGAAUUCUUCAAGGAUGGGAUUUGUUCGUUGUAUUUUCCCUCCAUAUUCACACGAUCAACUUCAAACCAUAGUAAAGAGAUCAUUGGACAGGUGCAAAAGCGACAAAAUCCAGGAUGAGGCCAUCACUCUCUUAUCAAGGAAGGUUGCUGCUGUUUCCGGUGAUGCGAGACGUGCCUUGGAAAUUGCUGCACGUGCUGUGGAAAUUGUGGAAAUUAAGAAAAUUAGUGGUAUCCUCGGUGUUAAUGAAGCGUUUAAAGAAAUUUUUUCGUCAAUUAAGAUUGAGACAAUGAAACAUUGCUCAUUCCUGGAACAGUCCGUUUUAAAACAUUUAACUCAGGAAUUAGAAAGUUCUGGAAGUGAUGAAACGACUUUAAUGAGUCUGUUCGAAACUUUAUCUUGCAAUGCGGCUUACGAUGUUGGCCACAAUUGGACUCGUAACCAAUUCAUGGGAGCAGUAACAAAACUGUUGAUGAUGAAACUUGUAAUUGCUGAAAAUAAUUCUCCGUCGAUGCAUAAAAAAGUGUCCCUAAAUGUCCCAUUUGAAGAUGUCAACUUCGCUUUAGGAAUUAAAAGGGGAGACGAUAACUGAAAUUACUGAUUACUUUUCUAUUUUUAAAUAUGAUGUAUGUAAUUCGAAUGUAAACUAAACUAAUUGAGCUUAAUGUAUAAAAUAUAAUGCAUAUGAAUCAUUAAAACAUCCACCACGUAGAAUCAAA